CACAAGCGGCGGAAUUGGUGCCUUCUGCAAGAUUGAAAUCAUGGCAGGUCCAGAAACUGAUGCUCAAUUCCAUUUCACUGGUAUCAAAAAAUAUUUCAACUCUUAUACUCUCACAGGUAGAAGGAAUUGUGUACUGGCCACAUAUGGAGGCAUUGCUUUGAUGAUCUUAUACUUCAAGUUAAGGUCUAAAAAAACACCAGCUGUGAAAGCAACAUAAACGAUUUUUAACCUGUACCUCAUCUGUUAAAUUCCCAUGCCUGGAGAAGCUAAUGUCAACUCAUCAUGUGAUACUCAAUUUGUACAAUAAAUUAUGAACCUGGAAAAAAAAAAAAA